UAGAAAGAUCUGAUUCGAUGAAUUAAUAAUAAUGGAUGAUGAUCAUCAUCCAAAAGUGGAAGAGGAGAGGGAGAAGCAGAGAAGGGAGGAGGUAAAGCAGAAAGAGAAGGAAGACGGAUCAAGGAUGAAGCCACUAACAUAUGAAGCCUACGGUGGUGGAAUGUACGGUAGAGAGGAGGGUGAAACUGAAAUAGCGGCAAAACCAAAAGCAAAUAAGCCACCGGCCAGAGAGAAGCAGAGUGCUGACGGACCUGAUGAAGCCACCACGGGACCCCCUAAGCAUCCACCCCCACCUUCCACCGGCGACCGAGACCUUGAUAUCACUGGCCAAACCUAUAUUCAGUAAUUAGUACAAUAUCAAUAUAUUGCACUGCAUCUGCCUACUAUAUAUUUCAAUUUGCCCUUCUUUCCGUUUCCGUU